AUGUUCUCUAAAUUUAGUUAAUAGUUAAAGCCACUAGGAAAUAGAUCCUCCUCUGAAACUAAAAAGGAUUAAUCUAAUUAAAAAUCAAAUUUAUAAAUAACAUAAAAGAGACAAAGGAGUGAAUCCAGAGUCCAUCCAAAUGAUGAAUCAAAAUAGCUUAUUUAGAGUGUACCUGCAUAAAGAAUGAAUUUAAGAUUACCAGAUUUAAUUAAAUAGCAAAACAAAAUAGAAAAUUCGACUUCCAGAAUUGAUUUAACUAAAAAACCUCCUCUUGUUAGAAGUAGAAUUAUUAUAGAUACAAAAUCAAAAUAAUAACAGUAGCAAUAACAAAUUUUAACGCAAUCAAUUCCUAUAAAAAGCCAAUAAGCAGAAAGCAUUUAGCAUUCGUAAUAAUAAAAACAAAAAAUAAAGAUCCAUUAUUUUAGUCAAUCCCGACCUGGCUUUGAUGGCAUUGCAGAGAAAACCAACUAAGAUAGAGAACUCUGUUUAUAAUUUGAUGUAAAUAAUUAUGCUUUUGCGGUUAUGGAUGGUCAUGGUAUGGAUGGACAAUAUGUUAGUACUUUUGUUAAAGAAUUGUUAAAAUGUACAUAAUUUAUGAAUAUGUAGUUAAUUUGAAUAAAUUUUAUUAGGUCUUUGAUUUUUAAAAGAUAUUCUUUGAUAUCCAUUAAAAAAUGAAAUUAUAAACAGAAUUUGGAUGUCAAUUCUCAGGUACAACUUUAACUGUAAUACUGCUUAAAGAACAUACUAUUUAAUGUGGAUGGUUAGGGGAUAGUAGAGCCAUACUUGUUAGAAAGAAUUAAAAUUUAUCUAUAAUAGAAUUAUCAAUAGAUCAUAAACCUCAUUUGGAAAGUGAAAGAUAAAGAAUAGAAUCAUGUGGAGGUGUAGUAGAUACUUAUCAUUUGCCAAAUGGAGCUCCUAUUGGGCCUUCAAGAGUAUGGGCUAAAGGAGCAUAAUUUCCUGGUUUAGCAAUGAGUAGAAGUCUAGGUGACCUGGUUGCUGCAUCUAUUGGUGUAUCUUAAAUACCUUAAUUAAAAUUAAUUAAUAUGGUGAAUAAAGAAGAUUUAUUUAUUGUAUUAGGAUCUGAUGGAAUCUGGGAAUUUUUGGAUAAUUAAACAGUAUUAUGAGUUUAAAUAAUCAAGAUUGCAGAAUUAGUUUAUCCAUUUUAUUAGAAAGAUGAUCCUUAAGGAGCUUGUUAAAAAAUUAUAUAAGAAGCUGUGGCUGCUUGGAAAGCUCAUAGCUAAGGCAUAGAUGAUAUUACUGCGAUAGUUAUAUUCUUUUAGUAUGAAUUCUGA